AUACUUUACCAGGGGGCCAAAGCAAACAACAAGAAGGGAGAGAGGAUGAGAGCUGGCUUUCCAAUGCAUUUAUAAGAUUGGGCAGCCUUUGGCAGCCAAAUUCAAAGGGACCAAGAAGCGACCAGAGCCUUGCAGCUGAAAAGCCCAUUCAAGCCAUGGGCAGGGUUGCCUGGCUCUUGGCAUGCCUGUGCCUCAUGACCUCCACUGCUCAGAAGCCUGGCCAGUGUCCAGAUGUAAAGAUUAUGGGUCUUGGGGAGUCUGACAAGCUUGCUGUACUCCAAGGCUGUCCAGGGCUUCCUGGACCCCCUGGUCCCAAAGGAGAAGCUGGCUCUGAUGGAAAGAGAGGGGAGAGAGGCCCCCCUGGGACUCCUGGGAAGGCAGGACCAGUGGGUCCCAAAGGAGCUGAUGCAGAACCUGAUCUAUGCAAAACAGGAAGUAGAGAUUGCCGGGAGCUGUUUAGCAAAGGGAACACCCUGAGUGGAUGGUACACCAUCUUCCUCCCUGCUUGUAAGCCUCUCACUGUGCUCUGUGACAUGGACACCGAUGGAGGGGGAUGGAUUGUUUUCCAGAGACGGGUAGAUGGCUUCGUGGAUUUCUUUCGGGACUGGGCUGCAUACAAGAGAGGCUUUGGCAGUCAGCUGGGGGACUUCUGGAUGGGCAAUGAUAACCUUCAUUUGUUGACAGCUCAAGAAACCUUUGAAUUCCGGGUAGACCUCAGUGACUUUGACGGAAACCACUCCUUUGCCAAGUACAGGUCAUUCCGGAUUGCAGGGGAGGCUGAAAACUACAGGCUGAUCCUUGGAGACUUUGUGGAAGGUGAUGCAGGUGACUCACUGACAUAUCAUAACAACCAAUCCUUCACAACGAAAGAUCGAGAUAAUGACCCAAGUUCAGGAAAGUGUGCUCAUCAGUAUAGCGGAGCCUGGUGGUACAAAACUUGCCAUUUGUCGAACCUGAAUGGCUUAUACCUCAGAGGUCCCCAUGAGAGUUUUGCCAAUGGAAUAAACUGGAACACGGGCAGAGGGUACAAAUAUUCCUACAAAGUGUCUGAGAUGAAGCUGAGGCCUGCUUAGCUGAGGGGGAGGCCCAGGGCAUUUUCCACUGGAUUGGACGACCAGAGGCAGCAGGCUGUAUCAGACUAGGAGAAGAUGACCAGAAUUCUAAUCUCCAAGCCAGAGAGAGGCUCACAGGAUGGUUUGAAGCUUUCUCAUAGGAGCUUUCAUCUUCCCUAGCUUACAGCUCAUAGCUAUGUGAUUUGGGGCAAGUUAUAAUCUUUCUGGGCCUCAGUCUCCUCAUCUGAAGGAUGGAGACAACAAUUCCAGAACAACUUCUUAGCUAUUUCUUGUAAGGUUCAAAAUGAAUAUAUGUAAAAUCAUUUGUCAGUGUGGGAUAUAAAUUAGAGUUGUUGUUGAUUUAAUAGCAGGGAGGAUAAAGGACGAAAGAAGGGAAUCAUAUCCCUAUGGCCUACAAAUGAAUGACAUUAAUUAUUAAAAUAAUUUUUCAACCUUAAAUAACAUUCUUCCUGAUAGAUGAGAAGAUGAAAUAAUGUUAACUUCUGACAAUUGUGCCUACAAUUAUGAAACUUUUACAAAUUUAACUUUUAUGAAGUACUUUUCAAUGCAUUAUUUCAAAUACCUGAAUAAAAAGGUAAGAAAAGAA